AUGUUUAAUAACUAUAAAGUAAAUUUAGAAAGACAUUGCGGAUUAUCUAAAUUUCUGAGUGCUCUUAAUGAACAAUAAUAUAAUGAAUUAAUCUCAGUUAUUUCAGAUAUUGAAAAUCUUCUUAAUAAUAAUAUGGAAGAAAAGGAGAAGUUAUUAAAUGUGGUAAAUAAUAUACAAAUUCAAACUUAAAAUAGUUUAGAAAAUGAAUUGCAAAAGUAAAUAGAAUGUCUAACUUAGAAAUGCAGAAUUAAAUAAAUAAAUUACACAACAAAAGAAUAUCAUAUCUAAAUAGAUUGAAGAAAUUGCUUAACUUAAUUAAUUUGUAGUUUAAAGAAAAAAAGAGAGAAGAAGUCUUUAUUCAUCUCCACUAUAAACAUCGAAUAAAUUAAUUAAUUAAUAAAAUAUAAUACCUGUAACUCCAGCUGAUUAUUAUCAAAAAUUAUUUGAAGAAGAAUGUAAGAAGGAAGAGUCUAUAAUGAAAUUAUGGAAAAAACUAUAAUAAAAAUGUUUAGAAAAAUAAAAGUCUCUAUUAGAAACAGUAGAUUAUUAUCUUAAAGAUUAAUGUACUAAAUAUGAGGACAAUUUAAACUUGCAGAAUGAUAUAAUCAAUAAAUUAGAAGAUCAACUAAAUAAAUACAAAGUGGCUCUAAAAUUGAUAUUCUAGUAAAACUACAAAAAACCAAUUUCUGAGUUGAUAGCUGUUGUGUAAUCCUUAAAUCAAGAAAACGAGAUACAAGAAUUUGAUUAUGAAUAAUUGAUUGAAACUCUUAUAGAUUUUAGUAAUAAGAGAGACUAAUUAUAUUAAUUAUAACAAAAAGAAACUGAAGUAGUUUUAUUAAAAAAUCAAGCUACUACUAAUGAAGAGUAGACUAAAAUGAAUGAAUAAUAUUAAAAAUUAUUAGAAGAAUACAAAAUUAUAGAUGAUCAAAGAAAAGAAUUAUUAAAUUUGAGUUAAUAAAUGAAUGAUAAAAUCACACUUUAAUCAAAUCAAAUUAAUUCAAUGAAUGAAUAAAUUACUUAAUUAACUUCUUUAUUUGCAAAAUCUUUAUAAGAUUUGGAAACUGUUUAAGAGGAAAAUGAAUCUUUAAAGAAAUGUUAAUCAAAUUAUACAACUAGAACAAGUGAAGUUCAUAGUAGAUUCUCUGUUGGAUUAGAUGAUAAAUUAAUUAAAUGUUUUAAUUCAGUAUGUAGUAAUUAUAAUUCACAAUCAACAAGAAAUAAUAAAAGUAAGAAUAAGAGCAUGCUUAGUUAAUUAAGUAAAUCUUCUUAUGGUGAUACUGAAGAAUUAUGUAAUAUAUUGGAUUCAGUUUUAAAUAAGGGAUUCUCAUAGAAAUUAAUUGAAUCUAUAACUCAACUAAGUAAUUCUGGAUUACGUAAAAGGAUUAAAGAUCUUUUAUUUACUAUCUAUAAUAACAAUAAUGAAAUGGAUGCUUUUUUUAGUUCCAUCAGUAAUUUAAUUAAAGAUGUAGGAAUUUCAUUUCAGGAUUUCGAAAUAAUUAAUGAAGGAUAUUUAAGUAGUACUUGUAAAUUGGAACGAAAUACUAAAUAAUAUUGUGAAUUGCUUGUUCAUUUAAUUGAUAAAAAUAAUAAAUAGUAAUCAACUAAGAAUGGGGCACAAUAGAUUGGACUGUUAUCGAAAGUUCUCCUAUAAUUAUGUUAAGGGAAUGAUGACACAAUAAUAGAUCAUAUUGAUAAACAUAUUUAAAUCUCAAAAUAAUUAAAAGAUAAGAAAAAUAAGUAAUUUAGAGAUCUUUAAUUCAGUGCAUGUAAGAUGAUUAUGGAUAUUUUUAAAAAGUGGAAACAUAAUUAUAUUCAUAUUACAACUAUUUUAUAUAGUAUCCAAAGAGGUUUACAACAGGAUUAAGAAAUACAUAUCCAAUCCUAUCUUAAUGAACUUAUCAAGAGUGACCUGGGCAAGAGUAUAUAAAAAGAAUUGAAUAAAUUAUUUUAAUUACUUAUUUGA